AUGAAGCUCACUCCCACUCUCUAUGUCCGCUCGUGGAUAGCAAAGCUCCAUCCUCCAAUGCCAACCACACCCCAGGAGAAUAAACAAUUACUCUCCCUUCUCAGCUCAUCUUUCCAGCGUCGACUUGAUGAUGCUCACCCUCCGGUUCAGCCGAGGGAAAACAUGCGGCAAGCCACCGUAUGUGUCUCGGGUCCUGCUGCGCACAAUUCCUCCGCAAGAGCCACUAUGGAUCAUCUACAGUCCCUGCUUCACCAUCCACUGCUAGCCCAGAAUGCAGCGCACCAUCCAAAGCCACAGACUGAGGCGGCUCAGGCUGCCACUAUGAUGGAUCAAGCCAUGUUGAGAGGGCAAGCUAACCUAAAUUUGGUUGACAGAUGCAUGCAGGUCUACCUCAGGACAUUGCAGAGUGGGGAGGUCAAGGAUGAAUUCAGACUGGGCAGGAGGAUAUCAGCGUGGUUUACUUCCUCCAAUCCAGCUACCAAGGAUAGAUUCUUGUCCUCACCUGGGGCUCUAUGCAACGCUGUGCCAAUUUUGUAUGCUGAUGGCCUGGAGGAGGUCGUAUGGGAAUGGUUGGGAGUUCUCUAUUCUCGCAAAGUGGAUGUGGUAGAUUUCCAAGGGGAGGCUGAGGUUCCAAUGGCCUCAAAGCCAUCUCAAUGGGUCCUUCAAGAGACUCAUCUCACUUUCCUUAUGAUCAAAGAGGCUUUGCGCAGAAGCAGGCUUAAUGCCGCAGUUCAACAAUUGGUUCAGGCUUCUGCCUACAUGUCCAAAACAGGACGGAUGUCCUCUGUCGUCCGUUCUUCACAACCUUGGCAGGCUUCCACGAGGGCCGUUACACUGGCACUUCUUCGAAGGCGACACCGACAUGGUCUCUCUGCUGUUUUGUUUGAUCAGUUGUUGGAUCAUCGAUCUUCAUGGGCAGAUGCAGACUUCUUGACCUCUAAGCUGAUGCCUCUCUACCAUCCUGCGCAACCAUCAGCUCAAGAGUUGGCGAUGACGGUGGAACAGGCGAAUGACUCGAUGCAAGUGCAUUUUGAUCACAUCAAAGUCAUGUCUGGUUCUGCACAAAAAGUAGUGUUGAAUGCCCUGCUGGAUGGGGCUCAGUUGCUGUUGCUGCAAGACUCCAGCUCAGUGCAACAGGCUCAGCUCAUUCUCGAUCUGGUGGAAAAGCAAUUUCCAAAUCUUUCGGAUGUUAAGCAUAAAGAAGCUACACAAAAACGCAUCCAAUCUGCUCGACAAACAAUCCUCCCGCAACAUUUCGUGGAUCACCCUAUUGGUGUCAUCUGA